AUGGCAACCAAGCCGUCGGAGCCAAAUAAAUUCAUCGGAUUGAAGAAAACCAUCGCAUCGCUUCACAAGGACGUAGCAUUUCUGAAGAAAUGCCAAAAAUAUAAGGUUAUACCUAUAAGCCAUAGGAUUAAGGUACGGACACCCACCCCACCCAGCGUAGUAAAGAGGAUGGAAGCAGAGUUCAUCAAGGAUAGCAUCAGACGGCUAUAUAGUAAACUGGACAUGAAGGUUUUGGAAUGUUAUUAUCUACAUCUCAAAUUGGCCAAGGAGUAUCCAAUUAAAUUCCAGGAGUUUCUGUCUAGGGCCAAGGUAGCAGAGGAGUGCGAAUCGGAUAGGAAGCGGAAGCUGCAGGAUAGGAAGCUAAACAGACUACGGCAGGAGUCUCAACGGAGACGGACGACACACCGAACGGGUGAGCAGAUCCCAUCAACCAUCACCACGACGCCGAGGGUUCACUCCAUUGAUGGGUUGGUUGUCAACCGAUCGACGACCGCAUUCACGGAAGAACAAUUGACACACCUCAACAAGGGGCUAGGAUACGCGGUUACAACCAAGCCAGACGUGGAGCAGAUCAUCAUUGACGUAGAAACAGCGAUUACCAAGACGCUUCCAACAACAUCACAGAAUACGGUUAGGACUAUCACAUCGAACAUAAUCAAGGACGGACAGGACGGACGCGCCAACGAAAAAGAAAUUCGGAUUGUAAAGGAGCUAAAAAGUAAAGCAGUAUACUACGUAAAGGCAGACAAGGGAAACGCGGUCGUUAUCAUGGACAAGGACGAUUACGAUAAUCAAAUGAUAACGAAGAUUAACAACGGACCGAACAAACAUUCAAACUUCACCAGCAUAGAAGCUGAACUUGAAUCUUCCACCCAGCAGCAGCAGCAGCAGUCGUCCAUUUGUCAACUCAAAUUGUCCAAGCCACAACCGAAGAAGUUUCCCAAACAUCCGGCCUAG